CGCCGGGGUGUGCGCCCAUCCUGGUGUUGCGGGGUGUUUCCCCAGCCCAGGCGCGGCUGCCGGAGCGGAGUCGGUGCCAGAGCCCGGCUCUGAGGGCCUGGCGAGGCGAGGGGGUCCCCACGCACAGCCGGGUGCUCGGGUGCUGCCGGCAGCGGGGGAAGGCGAGGUUUAUUGAGAAGCUCCCCAACAUAUCCCCAGAGCGAGGGGUCCCUAUCCCAGCAGGAGGAUUUCGGGGUGGGGGGGGAGAACAGCACUCGGGCAGCGGGCGAGCUUGGACCGGAGCAAGAGCCACGUCCCCUCCUGCUGCGAAUGAGCAAAAAACAUGGCUGGGUGAAACCAAGUCACACCAACCCCCCAAAACUUGGUGAGCUUCCCCUCUGGGUGGGCUCUGUGCUGGCAGAGGCAGUUUUGCCCCCUGUUAUCUGGGGGUCCCCUGCCAGGCCAGGGGUCAGGGGGUCCCCCAUUUCCAUCACCCCGCGAAUCCCGGCCAGGGCAGCGAGUGGGGACGGGAAGUUGCUCAGCGCUUUGGGCUUGGUUUUCCAUUUCCUUCCCCUUUUAUCAGAGCCAGAUGUUGCGUCCCCAGCGCUGAAGCUUGGGGCAGGUGGGGGCUGCCUUGGCUGCUUUGUGUGUGUCCCCCCCUCCCUCCCCAGCCAUGGGCGUGCCUGUCUGUCUGUCUGUCUGUCCCCGUCUGGCAGCGAGCAGCGGCCCCGCUGCCGGUUGUGCACGGCAGCUGCCUGUCAGAAGCGUUUCCCUUCCCUCCGAGGAGCUCAUGGCGGUUCUCGGGAACGGCAAGACGCGCUCCGCUCGCCCGCCUACGCCUCGCCGGCGCCGGAGGCAGGCAGGGAGAGCAGGCAGAGAGCAGGCAGGGAGAGCCCGGCAGCCGCACGCCGGGGGAACCGACUUGCGCUUGAAUUUUCAUGCCCAAACAAGCCCCAAACUGCCGCUUUUCGGCGAAAGGCUCCGGUGGCACUAAAGGUGCGAUGGUUUCCCCGCCGGCUCUCGCCGCGCUGGAUGCCACCCAGCUUGGCCCACGCCGAGGUCCCGGCAGCUUAAUGGCUUUCAUCUCCUCCCGUUGCAUUUAAUUCUUGCAAGAGUGCAAACUGGUAAUUGCUCUCCAGCGGCUCGCUUUGGUGCUUCUCAACCAGCUGGGUUUUAUUGGAGCUCACCAGUCCCCGGGGGCUUGGGAUGCGGGGGGCGAGGCUGGGAACCUCCUCUCCCUGCCCUGCUCCGCAUCGGGCUCCGGCGAAUCUCUUGGCUCCGCGUCGCUCUUCGCCAUCGGCAUCUCCCAGAGUAUUUUUAGGAGACUGCGAGAGGUUUGGGCCCAGGCUCCAGCAAAGUUCCCAAAGAUACCCCUAAAACCGCACAUGGCUGAAUGGCCGGUAUCGUCGUGGCCGUGUUCCCGAGCCGGCGGCGGAGGGCAGCGUGCCAGCGGAUCAGCUAAACCCCCGGGGACCAUGAGCGCCGUCGCAGCUGAGAGCCAGCCGGGGCCGGGACCCGGAGGAGCCGUCGAGGCAGGGCGCCGCGGCUGAGGCCGGCGCGCCGAGCUGCGCCAGACCCCCCGCGCCGCCGCGGCCGGCCGGCAGCAGAUGCUCUCCGCCCGGCCCGUGGAGCCGCCGGGGGCCCUCGCCGCGGCCGGACCACGCGGAUGGAAAGCUGCAGCCCGGCAGGGAGCCUCGCCGGCCAGCUGACGCCAUCCCGCGCCCUAUGCCCGAGCCCUAUGCCGGAGCGGGCGCCCUUCCCGGCUCAGCUGCCCGCCGACCAUGAAGUGCUCGCUGCGCUUCUGCUUCCUCUCGACCGCCUUCCUGCUCGUCUUCGUCAUGUCCCUCCUCUUCACCUACUCCCACCACAGCAUCGCCUACCUGGACCCCGGCGGGCUGGGCGGCAUCCACCGGGUGAAGCUGGUGCCCGGCUAUGCCGGCGUGCAGCGGCUCAGCAAGGGGGGGCCGUACCCCCGGGGCUGCGCCUGCCGCCGCUGCCCGGCCGAGGAAGCCGGGGCUACCGACUGGUUUGACGGGCGCUACGACGGCACCGUCUCCCCGGUGUGGACCAAGGAGAAUAUGGACCUGCCGCCCGAUGUCCAGAGGUGGUGGAUGAUGCUGCAGCCCCAGUUCAAGUCCCACAACACCCACGAGGUCCUGAGCAAGCUCUUCCAGAUCGUGCCGGGCGAGGAUCCCUACCGCUCCCGCGACCCGCGCCACUGCCGCCGCUGCGCCGUGGUCGGCAACUCGGGCAACCUGCGCGGCUCCGGUUACGGGCCGGAGAUCGACGGGCACGACUUCGUCAUGCGGAUGAACCAGGCCCCCACAGUGGGUUUCGAGGGCGACGUGGGUGGUCGGACCACCCACCACUUCAUGUACCCCGAGAGUGCCAAGAACCUGCCCGCCAACGUCAGCUUCGUGCUGGUGCCCUUCAAAACCCUGGACCUGCUCUGGAUCGCCAGUGCCCUCUCCACCGGCCAGAUCAGGUUCACGUACGCGCCCGUGAAACCUUUCCUGCGGGUGGACAAAGAAAAGGUGCAGAUCUACAAUCCUGCCUUCUUCAAGUACAUCCACGACCGGUGGACGGAGCACCACGGGCGCUACCCUUCCACCGGCAUGCUGGUGCUCUUCUUCGCCCUCCACGUUUGCGACGAGGUGAACGUCUUCGGGUUCGGCGCCGACAGCCGGGGCAACUGGCACCACUACUGGGAGAACAACCGCUACGCCGGGGAGUUCAGGAAGACGGGGGUGCACGACGCCGACUUCGAGGCGCACAUCAUCGACAUGCUGGCCAAAACCAGCAAGAUCGAGGUCUACCGGGGGAACUGAGGGCUGCGCCUGCUCCGGCUCCCCCGCGCCGGCCGGGUCCCCGCUGCCCACGGGGGCACAGGGCCAGGGUCUCCCCAGCGGCCUCGGGCGACGAGCGCCCGGGGGGGCAGCACGGCCCCACGCCCCCGGCGAUAUUUGGUGCCUCCAGCAGCCAAUCAGGUUCAGAGCUAAAGGAGACUUUUUGCCUUUUUUUUUUUUUUUUAAUUAUUAUUAUAAUUAUUAUUAUAAUUAUUAAGAAACCCAGCUGAGAAAGGAUUUGUAAAAACGCAAUCAAGCGACUGACCGGGCGGCGGGGGUCUCCGUCUCGCAUCUCUUUACAGUCAAACCAAAUGCUGCUCUUUUUAAAACAAGACAAAAUCCCCCCGCCCUGAAGCCGGGUGACUCUGGGGAGCGCCUGAGCAUCGUGUCCAGGCCGACGGAGACGUGGCGGCCGAGCAGCCUCGCCAGUGGAACCCAGCUGCUUCUUUCUUCCUUUUUAUUAUUAUUAUUUUUUUUUAUUGUUUUUAUUUUUAACCCACCUGGGGCAGCCGCUGCCGUCGUUCCCCCGGGGAAGGCUCCCGGCACACAGGCAGGUCCCGGCGCGGCGGCAAGCGCCGUCGACCCAUCGCCGAUGCUCCGCUGCAGGCUGGCGGCACGGCCGGGCUGGGGGACGGAGGGGAACCCCGGCUUCGGGGCCGGGCAUCCCCACACCUCCACCCGCGGGUUGAGGAAGGCUAGGAUGGAUUUCGGGGUCGGCGGUGCAAAAGGCAGCUCAGAAACCCGCAGAAGCAGCAGCCCGGUCCCUCCGGCCGGGCUCCUCGAGCAAUGCGGGAUGCAGCAGCGGGUCCUGCCCCGCCGGAGAUGAGAUUUCCCUUCGCUUUCGGGCUGGGAAAAAGCAGAUUUAGAGCUAGCUGUAGUGGGCGAACGGACCGUGCUUUUGCUUCUGUGUUGCUAUAAACAGACGUGAGAAGCUGGAAUCCCAAAGUCUUUGCUCCGUUUGUGAGGGUUUACACCGGGCUGGUGCAGCCGGGGCCCUCGGGGCUUUUCGGGCUGGACAGGCUGCCCCGCAGCACUGGCCGGGGAGACACAGAAGGAAACGGCCUCCCCAGAGGUGUAAUUAAAACCACUUUCUUUGGGUCAAUCAGGUGGGUGGGGAUUUUUUGGUUUCUGUUUUUUUUUUUUUAAGAGAUACUGGAAAGCUGGAGAAAAAGGCAAUCACAGAAAAGGUGCCCUGGAGAGGGAGGGCGAUGGGUGCCCAACGUGGCUGGGGCAGGAGCCAGGCCCAGGGAACCCUACCCACACCGCCUGGUUGCAAUAGUUAUUUGAGGAACAAUCACCAUAGGGUUUUUUUUUGUGCUUGGAGGUUUGUUUUUUUUUUUACCCUUUUGCAUCUGGCUUUUCUGUAGCCGCCUCUUACCUGUUUCUCUGCUUCGGUUUGGCUGGUUUUCAGGGUUUUCUUUUUUUUUUUUUUUUGAAGUUUCUCUCUGCAGUCGUGAAACACGAGGGUCUGGGUCACCCGGAGCAGGCACUGAGCAUCCCUUAGGCUGGGGAAAUUAAUCUUUUCUGUCCACAGGGCUUUAAACCCCCGAGUUUCCCGGUGGGUUUUGGUAGAGGCGGUGUCGCCCUGGCGCGAGCCCCCCGCCACCUCCAGCCAGCCCCGAGCCCCCGCUCCAAACCCCAGGACACGGAGGCAGGUCGCAAAGAGCCCCGGCCUCCACCUUCCCGGGUUGUUUAUUUUUUUUUUUUUUUUUUUUUUUGGUUAGGGGAAGAAAAAUAAAACCCACAAAACCACGAGCAACAACGAGUGCCUUGGCCAUCUCCUGUCGGCUACGCUGGGCUGUGCCCGCCCCCGCGCCAGCGGUAGGGCCUCGGCCGAUUUUUCUGGCGGUCGUGCCCGCUUCCCUCCUUGCGCCGGGCUGGAGCUUAGCCGGGCAGUGCUGCUGGGGGGGAGACAGGGACACAUCCAGGCCACCAAAUCCGGCGUGACGAGGCUGGACCAGCUCCUGUCCCGGCUGAGCAGGGCCCGGCCAGACAAUCACAGGGCGAGCGGAGGCGCUGGGCACCAACCCCGGGUAGCGAACGCGCCGCCAGCACCGCGCUCACGGCUCCUUGCUGCCCUGACAGUGUAUUUUUUUUUGGCUAACUUCCUUCCCCUACCCCCUCUUUUUUUUUUUUUCCUCGUUUUUUUUGUAUUAUAAUUAUUUUUUUUUAUUUAAGCUGUCCCGCUAGGACUCGCAACCACUUGUUUCUCUGGCAGAGGGGCUGCCGGGCGCAGGCAGGAGGAGGAUGCCGCCACGUCGCCGACGAGCACCACUGUACUGUACAUAGAGGAGAUGUAGGCAGAGGCUAGGGGCAGGGGGGCAGGCAGGACAGAGCACCCACGCUUGCCCACCUGGCGGGGGGGGGGACGUGGAAUCUUCCUCACCCAGUGCCUGAGCAAGCACCCAUCGCCUCCCGCCCCGCCGGGAGAAGGAGCCCAGCGCUCUGACCUCGGGCUAGAGGCAGGGGGGUGGCUUCGCCCGUAGCCUCUGUGUACAUGGGCACUUCUGCACACAACUGUCUUAAAAACUAUUUUUUUUUUUUUGUUUUUUUUUAAAAAGUCAAUAAAAACCAUGCAUCGGAA